UAGCCCCGGCGAGGACACGGAGGCUGUUUAUUGUUCCUCCCCAUCAGCUCUAAAAAAGAAAAGAGGCUAGCCAGCUGCCCAGCACCGAGGUAGUCUACACAGGUAUUUUCACACGGUUUAUUGUAGGUUUACGAAGGUAGAACGGCCAAGACAGUUGAUCACACAAACCAGGGGCCAUGGCGUACGCAUACCUCUUCAAAUACAUCAUCAUCGGAGACACGGGUGUGGGGAAGUCAUGUCUAUUACUACAGUUCACAGACAAGAGGUUUCAGCCAGUUCACGACCUCACCAUCGGUGUGGAGUUUGGAGCAAGGAUGAUCACUAUAGAUGGAAAACAGAUCAAACUGCAGAUCUGGGAUACGGCUGGUCAGGAGUCGUUCCGGUCCAUCACCAGGUCUUACUACAGAGGAGCAGCCGGAGCACUGCUAGUCUAUGACAUCACAAGAAGGGACACCUUCAACCACUUGACGACCUGGUUGGAGGACGCACGCCAACAUUCCAACUCCAACAUGGUCAUUAUGCUCAUUGGCAACAAGAGUGACCUGGAGUCAAGGAGAGAGGUGAAGAAGGAAGAAGGAGAGGCAUUUGCCAGAGAACACGGCCUCAUAUUCAUGGAGACAUCAGCCAAGACUGCUUCCAAUGUAGAGGAGGCAUUCAUCAACACAGCCAAGGAGAUCUAUGAGAAGAUCCAGGAGGGUGUGUUUGAUAUCAACAAUGAGGCUAAUGGUAUUAAGAUUGGACCUCAGCACCCUACCACCAACUCUACGCUGUCCGGUAGCCAGGGGGGCCAACAGGCCGGAGGGGGCUGCUGCUGAAGCUCCAGAACGCGCCUCCUCUCUCAGCCCCACCUCCUCCUUCCAUCCCCAUACACCCACCCACCCAGCCUACUCCUCUCCUUGCCCCACCCUGUCCAACCAGCCCCCCUUUGCGUUUCCACAGAACUGGUCGGGCCUCACUAACAGUUUGUUAACCUCUCUAUUCCUAUCUCUAGAGCUCUAUUCCUGCCUCAGUCUCUUUAUCCCUCUCCUUUCUUUCCUCACUGUGCCUCUCUCCAUUCACCCCACCUUGUCUCCAUCUCUCUUUUUUUUUUCCUGUCUCUCUCCUCUACCAAGGGUCUGGGGGCUGUGUUCCAAUAAGUGAAACAGACAAACUGCUCUGCAGGUUCCCUCCUACGGGAGUUCAUGUAGGACAAAGUCAGCUUACCCACUUUUUACCUAAAAUGUACAGCAGUUAGUCCCUCACUAUUUUUGAAGCGUCAGAAUUCUCAAGUCAUUACUUAAAGAUAAACGAAUUUUAAUUUUAUUUAAAAAGAGGGGGGGGCUCAGAAAUCAAGCAUGUCACAGUCAAAAUUGUUUGCCUCAGACUAUGCUUUUGAGUGUGCAGAAGAAAGGACAUGAGACACAUGUUGUGAGUGUCAAAUAUCCUCUGGAUAUUUGCACUAGUCCGGUCUGAAGGUGUGUUUCUUGCUGCCUUGUGUUCGUCUUUGCCCCGAAAGAGCUUCAGAAAAAGCUGUACGAGUGUAUUUACCUCUGUCCCUGUGGGCGACAGACAGAGGUACCAGCCAGCCCAGACUUCAUAAUCGCUGUAGCGGCACUAAGUAGCGUUUGCUAUCGGCCCGCCUGUCCAUUCACAAACCCCUCUUAAUUGAUGCCAACUUGGACUUGAUUAUCGUUAACAGUGUCUUUCAGACUUUCUGCGGUGGUGGUGAGCUGACUUUGUCUGGAUACUGAUGGGAGGUGGCUGUGACCAUACUCAUUGUGCUUUGAGAAUAGGCACACUCUAAAAACUGGUUUUAUAGAUAAAGUGCGCUGUGUUGUCUCUACACAUCACACAUACAGCUGUUUUUAAAGAUUCAGAUGGCACAACACGUCAGUAACAACAUACGCUCGGCACGUGUCAUUGUACAUGUUACCCUGUGGGUGUGUGUGUGUGUGUGCAUAUAUAUUUGUAUACGUGCUCACACACACACUCCUGUGCACAUACAGACAUACACAUACACAGGGAGGACAGGCUUGUUGUUUGAACACAUCAGUUUUUUGGGUGAAGGAGGCAUUCGAAUCACUUAUGUCACUUUGUCCGUCAACCAACAAAUGUAUGUCUUCUCUCAGACAACUGUGGAUUAUUUUGUGCUUAUUUCUCCCUAAUAUAUAUGUAUAUAUAAUUUUUUUUUCAAUAACAGCAGUAGUUUUCCUCUCACUCCCACUUUGUGUCUUUUUUUUCUUUCUUUUUUUUUUUUUUGACUUUUGAGCUGAAUUGUAUUUAAUGAACACUACAAAGCUGGUUGUGGUUUAAAAAGAAAAAAGAUGUUUUAACUUGUCUGGUGAGAGAAUAAAAGACCAAACUGUUGUGUGAAAACAGACGUUGAAAUUAUAAAAAAAGAAAAAGAAAAAAAAAGGACAGAAGAGAAGGAACGUAGAGGUGUGUGUUGACGGCGGAAAUGAAGUGAAGUUCAAAGAGGAUGGAAAAAAACUUUUUACCUUGGUAUUUAUCUGCUGCAUUCUGUGUAUAUAUGGCUCCUGAGUUUUUCUUGCUUAUGCUGUUUAGGGGCAAGCUUGGUAUUUUGUGGCCUAGUAUGUUAUUUCUUCACCAGGUAUAAAGGGGGGGGAAUCUAUAUUGACAAUUCAUAUCCCCAUAAAACAACUUAUUGGCAUCCAUUAACGAUGAAAACAAGCCGUUUUUAGGUUGUUGUAGGUUUUGUUUUCUCUGCAUUGUCUCAAGUCGUUGGUGAAGAAUCUCAGUUGUAUUCAAAAUGUCAGGGCGCCCCUUUUACCCGGCCGUAGGAGUCCUGAGUUAGCUGGCAGGUGUGUAACUGUAAGUAAUGAGAGCCUGAUUGAUAAUUGCUGCAGUAUUCUGCUUCAAGGCCUCUCUGUAAUUGACACCCUUUUACCAUUGGUAGCAUAAAUUACCACUUCAGUUUGCUUUAUCAUUUUUACCCUCCAUCUGCCUCCCCUCUCUCGCCCUCGUUCUCAGACUGUGUGGUAAUGUUGGCUGUGUGUCGCUGCAUCUCUGUAUUGAUUUUUAAAUGCCAAAUCAUUGUUUACCUGUGUUUUUAUCCGACGUGUAAUCACCCCGCCCGCAAAUCCGACCUGAGAUCAGCUGUCUGCCUUAAACCCCGCAGAGAUUUGGACAGCUGCUAAAACGACCCGAACCGGCCCGGAAUCUACAAGUCGCCGUUCCUUUUUAGUCUCAUACACACACACUUAACAUGGCUAUAUGCAAACACAGAUUCAUACGCUCGUAUAUAGACGCCCGCAUACAUGUCCGUUCACCGACAUAGUUUGGAGCCAAACGCCAUAAGUACAAAAAAAACCCCGACAUAAAUGUAUACAAACACACCUGAACAUGAUAUUGUGACACUGUUUAACACAGACACAACUUCUCCCAUCUUCUUUCACGUGUGCACAGGUCAAGCCUGCAUAUAUGCAUGCAUACACACAUGAUGCAUACAUAUGAAUAUAACCUGGCUGUCUAUGUGUCCGUAUUCUCUUCAGGCUAACUUGUGUUUCUGUAAGGAGUUUAGGUUUUCACGGGCGGUGUGAGUGAAUCUGUUCAAGGCCUGCAGCUUUUCCUCAGCAGCGUUUCCUCUUUCGUUACUAGAUAUAUUCUAGUGGUUAUUAAUCUUGUUCUGAUAAUGAUUAUUGGUAAACAACAUGUAGUGUGUGGACCCAGAGGGACUCGGGGGAGGGGGGAACAAGCCAAACCUUUAGCAUCCAUCUAACUAUAUCUAUGGAUCAUUCUAUCUAAUCUGACCUAUGUGAUUCCUCUCUCUCUUCCUCUUCUCCCUUCUCUUCCUCUUCCUCCUCCUCCUCCUCCCCCCCUCAACGUUAUUUGCUGUGUUUGUUCUUUGGAAAAAUAAAAAAAUUGAAAAAAAAGAAAAAUUGAAAAUGCUAUCACAAACUAUAAUAAAACAGCCUAAACUCAACAAAUGUCAUUUUGAUGGUCAUGUGGAGAUGAAAAAAAAUACAAUGUUUGAAGAAAAAGAAACCCCCAAAAAAGAAAAAACCAACUCGUUUUGUAUUUUCUCUCAUUAUUUUGGCAUAAUUCUUUUUACCGUCCUGUCUCUGGUUUUGGAUUUUUCCUGUCAUGUCUGUUCUGCGUACAAGUGAAACAGUCUUAUGAUGGAUCCACCUAUCCCUGAUUGUAUCCCUGGUUUACCAGUUAGAAGGAAAACGGGACCCCUGCACACCACCUUGCUAGUGUAUGUCCCGAUGAAGGGCAGCCAUACUGAGAGCUCACCAAAUAAAUACAACAUUUUUUAA